UAUAUUGUCGCGACGGGCAGAGAUCCGGCGCACACAAGAGGGAAAACGCUCCUUCUCCGACUGCCGCACCGGCACGACGUGGGCAGCUUCCUGCCGAACAUUCCGCCAGCCGGAAGGACCGCUGCGGCAGGGCGGGACUGACGCGACUCCGGCCAGCGAUUGGCGGAUCCAACGGGGAAGUCCCACCACUCAGGCGACGACGGAGGAGGAUAAAAGGGCGCGCUUCCGGCCGGGAAGCGGAAGAGAAUAUCGUGGCGUCAAAACGGACUCCGUGCGUGUUUGCAGCGAUUCGCAAUCUCCGAUCACGACGGUAACCUCACGCCCCACGCUAAUUUCUCUCUCUCUCUCUCUCUCUCUCUCUCUCCCUCUCUCCAGGAGGCGUAAGCGCGGACGAGACCGCCGGAUAGUGAGAGUCGCACACACGGAGGACGCCGGCCCGGGAAAACCCCCGCCCCGCCUCGGGAAUCCCGCCUCCGCCACGAGUCGACUCCGCCGGCCGUCACACCUUCACAAAACCCCGCACUCUUCCAUUUAUAACACGUUCACCUCACCCUAGCCACAAUAAAGCACCGUCUGCAACCAUCCUUCGGUCUCCUGUGGGUCUGUACGCCGCCCUUCCCCGGGCUAAUUCCUCACAACUGGUGGAGGAUGCGGGCAUAGUACAGACCCGCCUACUGCAAAACAAAAAAAACAAACAAAAAAAAAAAUAACCAAACAAACAAAAAAAAAAUUUAUAAAUAAACCCGAGAGAGAGAAAAAAAAAAAAAAAAAAAAAAAAAAAGGGGGGGCCCCACAAAAUGGACCCCACCCUGCAACACCUGCUGGAGACUAGCCUCCAGCAGCACGCCGUGACACAGCAGCUCGCCGAAAGCCUUCAGGUCGCCACACAGACACUGAUCGCCAUGAGGACUGAGACCCCCGCCGCCUCCACGCCUCUCCCCGACGCAACCAGCGAGAUCCGCCGCCUACUACCCCCCCUUGGCCCCGAAGAGGACCUUGAGGCGUACUUCGAGACCUUCGAGAGUAUCGCCCGCCGGGAGGGGUGGGACCGUGACGACUGGCCCCGUGCCCUUGGUCCCCUGCUCACGGGAGAGGCCCGAACAGCCUACUAUGCCCUCGAGCCGGAGGAGGCUACGGACUACCUGGCGAUGAAGGAGGGAGUCCUGGCGUGGUGUGGCCGAACCCCUGGCCAGGCAGCUACUGAAUUCCAUCGUUGGGUUUAUCGAUCAGGUGCUCGACCACAUUGCCAGAUGAACGCCCUCCUCCGGAUCACCAAACGAUGGCUCCGACCGGAUCGGCAUACCGCCUCGGAGGUGGCGGAGAAGGUGGUGGUCGACCGUUUCCUGAGAGCGCUACCCCGGGCAGAGAGACAGGCCGUGGGGGCCCACGCCCCAACUACGCCCCAGGAACUCCUGACUGCCCUGGAGCGAACCUUGGCCACCCUGGAGCUCGACUCCGGGGAGCAGCAGCACCUCGAUCGGCCCCUCGGUGCCCAGGGCCCCCGGUCUGACCGCCAGACCCGGCCCCGCAUCUGGAGGAACCCACAGAGGGCGCCCACUUGUGAACACCCCCGAGACGAGCCCAUGCCUACAGAGCCGGAGAGGGAAGCCGCCCGGCUGCUUACAAAACCAUGGCUGGCAGGCUGCGCCCUCCAUCAGCAGCAACCGCCGGAGGCGCCCUCCGUGACGGUGUGGGUCGAAGGGAGACCGGUAACCGCCCUACUGGACACCGGGAGCACGGUGACCCUUGCCCAACCCUCCAUCCUGCCUGAGGGGCGCCGACCAAGUGGGACGCUUACCGUGACAUGCGUCCAUGGGGACACCCGGGAGGUCCCCUCAGCUGAGGUCCAGAUCCGGAGCGAAGCCGGCACCUGGCCCCUCCAGGUCGGAAUCAUCCCCGAACUCCCCGUGCCCCUCCUCCUGGGACGAGACUGGCCAGGAUUCCGGGUGGUACCGAGAGCCGAGUCCCGGAGACCGCGGCGGCGGGGGAAGGGGAUCCCAACCUGGCCGGCCUACCUGGCCCAGGACGACGGAGAGGCCACCUCAGAAGGUAAGACCCCCCAAACUACUAACCCUCUGUCAUCUGUCUUUCCCCAGGUAAACCGGGAGGGAAAGUUCGGCCGGGAGCAGAAGGAGGACGACCGACUGAAGCACUGCUGGGCCCAGGUACGGGUGAUAGAGGGGGUCGACCAGAGCCCAGACCUGAGGCUCCCCACAUCGUACUUCCUCGUCCGAGGGGGGCUCCUGUACCAAUGGGCCUGCCGCCGCGGGGAGCAGGUGGACCUACUGGUGGUGCCCCGAGCCAAGACAGCCGUCUUAUUACACCUAGCCCACACCCAUCCCCUCGGCGGCCACCUGGGGGCCCGAAAUACCCUGGAGAAACUGCGGGACCGCUUCGUGUGGCCCGGGAUGGACGCGGAGGUCCGGACCUUUUGUCAACAGUGCCCGCAGUGCCAACGCACGGCCCUGCGGAGGCCCCCGCCGGCGCCCCUGAUACCCCUGCCCAUCAUCGGCGUCCCGUUUGAGCGAGUGGGCAUGGAUCUCGUGGGGCCCCUACCCAAGUCGGCCCGGGGCCAUGAAUACAUCCUGGUCCUGGUCGACUACGCCACUCGGUACCCUGAGGCGGUGCCGCUCCGCAAGGCCACCUCGCAAAACAUCGCCAGGGAGCUGGUACUCCUCUUCAGUCGAGUGGGGAUCCCCAAGGACGUGUUGACCGACCAAGGUACGCCGUUUGUCUCGAAGCUAAUGGCGGAUUUGUGUCGUAUGUUACAGGUGAAGCACCUCCGGACGUCCGUCUACCACCCCCAAACCGACGGACUUGUUGAAAGGUUCAAUCAGACCCUCAAGCGGAUGCUGCGCCGGGUGGUGGACGAGGAGGGGAGGAACUGGGACCUCCUCCUCCCCUACGUACUCUUCGCCGUUCGGGAGUGCCCCCAGGCGUCCACGGGCUUCACGCCCUUCGAGCUCCUGUUCGGGCGGCGGCCGCGGGGAUUGUUGGAUGUAGCCCGCGAAGCCUGGGAGGAGCAACCAUCCCCUUUCCGCUCCGUCGUCGAGUACGUGCAGGACAUGCAAGCCAGGAUUGACAGGGUGGGCCCCAUCGUCCAGGAGCACAUGCUGGCGGCGCAGGCGGAGCAGAAGAAGGUAUACAACCGCCCCGCACAGCCCCGGGAAUUCCAGCCGGGGGACCGGGUCCUCCUGUUAGUGCCCAGCAGCGCCUGCAAGUUCCUCGCCCGGUGGCAAGGUCCAUACACUGUCCUCGAGCGCCGGGGCCCAGUCAACUACCGCCUACAGCAGCCCGGUAAGCCAAAGGACGGGAAGCUAUACCACGUAAACCUGCUGAAAAAGUGGGUGGAACCAACCCCGGUGGUGUCGGCGUUCGCAGCCCAGGACUCGGACCGGGGCAAGGGUACCUUGGUCGGCUUCGGGGAGGACCUCACCCCCACCCAAAGACAGGAGCUUACCGAGCUGACCGACCAGUUUGCAGAUGUGUUUUCGGCUGCCCCGGGAAUGACUCAGCUGGUCCAGCAUGAAAUCAAGACUCCUCCCGGUGUAGUGGUGAGACAAAGGCCAUACCGCAUCCCCGAGGCCCGGCGCCAGGCCAUCGAGGAGGAAGUCAGUCGCAUGCUGCGGGACCACAUCAUCGAGGAGUCCAGCAGCCCCUGGUCCAGCCCCAUCGUCGUCGUGCCGAAGCCGGAUGGAAGCAUGAGGCUAUGCAAUGACUUCCGGAGGCUGAACCAGGUGUCGGAGUUUGACAGCUACCCCCUCCCCAGAGUGGACGACCUGAUCGAGAGGCUGGGGAGAGCCCGGUUCAUAUCGACCCUGGACCUCACCAAAGGCUAUUGGCAAGUGGCGCUCGCACCGGAGGCAAGGCCUAAGACAGCCUUUAGCACGGCCACCGGCCACUGGCAGUACCGGGUUCUCCCCUUUGGGCUGCACGGGGCGCCCGCCACGUUCCAGCGGCUAAUGGACAUCCUCCUGCGACCCCACCGACAGUUUGCCGCGGCCUACCUGGACGACGUGGUCAUACACUCCUCCACCUGGGCUGACCACCUGUUCCACCUCAGGGAGAUCCUGAAAGCCCUCCGGGAGGCCGGCCUGACGGCGAACCCAAAGAAAUGCCACCUAGGGCUGACGGAAGCCCAGUACCUGGGAUACCGCAUCGGACGGGGGAUGCUGAAGCCCCAACAAAAAAAGAUCGAGGCUGUGAAGGACUACCCACGUCCGACGUCGAAAAAACAGGUACGUGCCUUCUUGGGAUUGGCGGGCUACUACCGCAGGUUCGUGCCUAACUUUUCUGCUGUAGCCUCUCCCCUCUCAGACCUUACAAAGAAGGGCCAGCCAGACCAGGUGAGGUGGACAGCCGAUGCGGAAAGGGCCUUCCAGGCCCUAAAAGAGGCCCUCACCAGCGCGCCGAUACUCCGCAACCCGGACUUUGACCUCCCGUUCACUGUACAUACUGAUGCUUCCGAGACCGGGCUGGGCGCCGUCCUCUCCCAGACCUUCGACGGGGAAGAACACCCAGUCCUCUACAUCAGCCGGAAGCUGUCCCCGGCCGAGAGGAAGUAUGCGGCGGUCGAGCGGGAGGCACUAGCAAUAAAAUGGGCCAUCGAGGAGCUGCGAUACUAUCUGGCGGGCAGGCACUUCAUCCUCAUAACCGACCACGCCCCCCCUGCAGUGGAUGGCCAAGGCGAAGGACACCAACGCCCGGGUAACCCGCUGGUUCCUCGCCUUACAAGACUUCUCUUUUCAGGUUAAGCACCGGGCAGGGGCCCAGCAUGGUAACGCGGAUGGGCUCUCACGACGAGACGCCCUCUGGGCCCACCACCGAGCGGCAGUAGGCUCGGAGCUGGGGGGGGGUACUGUCGCGACGGGCAGAGAUCCGGCGCACACAAGAGGGAAAACGCUCCUUCUCCGACUGCCGCACCGGCACGACGUGGGCAGCUUCCUGCCGAACAUUCCGCCAGCCGGAAGGACCGCCGCGGCAGGGCGGGACUGACGCGACUCCGGCCAGCGAUUGGCGGAUCCAACGGGGAAGUCCCACCACUCAGGCGACGACGGAGGAGGAUAAAAGGGCGCGCUUCCGGCCGGGAAGCGGAAGAGAAUAUCGUGGCGUCAAAACGGACUCCGAGGCGUAAGCGCGGACGAGACCGCCGGAUAGUGAGAGUCGCACACACGGAGGACGCCGGCCCGGGAAAACCCCCGCCCCGCCUCGGGAAUCCCGCCUCCGCCACGAGUCGACUCCGCCGGCCGUCACGCCUUCACAAAACCCCGCACUCUUCCAUUUAUAACACGUUCACCUCACCCUAGCCACAAUAAAGCACCGUCUGCAACCAUCCUUCGGUCUCCUGUGGGUCUGUACGCCGCCCUUCCCCGGGCUAAUUCC